GUAAAAUCAUCAGCGAUUUUGUAACCGAAGUUCUCGUUUGGAAUCAGUCUGUUUUGAACGUUGGUAAAAGCAGCAUGAAGCCCUCAAUUCUCUUUAAAAUCGUUUAAGAUUGUUAAACGUUCGUGCGUGUUCUAGAAAGUUUAAACAAAUCUGUACAAAAAAUAAGCGACGAGGAUUUUCGAAAGUUUUUUAUUAAACAAACGUUAGAUAAGAUGACUGUAACAAUAAUUGCACGCCAUGAACUCUCCAAAGCUGGAUGUGAUGAUAAUGGAACUUGUUGUGUCGACCAGACUCAAACGAUUUGUGACCACACCGAAUCUCUUUUAAGAAACCUUUCGAGCGUAAAUCUAAGAAGAUCUAGAUCGAUUAAUAACAACGAGUUUAAACAGGAACGAGUUGAACCGAACGAAGAUGACGACGACGAUAAAUACAGGAGAUUAUUUUGUUUUGACGAAGCCCCAGAAUAUUUAAAACACAAUGUUUAUAUUAGGAAUGGAUAUAGAGGGAUGUUAAAUACCAAGUUGUGCAUGGAGAGUAUUUUUUGGUGGACUAAUGAGACGAUUAAUAUUUGGUCCCAUGUUUUUGGGUUUAUGUUGUUCUUAGGAUUAACAUUGAAAGAUUCUGUUUAUAUUGAUAUUCAAGCUCCUUGGGAAGAUAAAGUUUUAGUGGCUAAUGUUUUAGUUUGUUUUCAGGUUUGUAUGAUAUUAUCUUCUUUAUACCAUACAUUUUCUUGCCGAUCAGAAAAGGAUUUUAAUUGUUUUCUAACCUUCGAUUUAUUUGGUAUAGCUUUAUCACUUUUAGCUAUUUACACAUCAGGGAUUUAUUAUGCUUUUUGGUGCGAGCAGUAUUGGAGAACUUUUUAUAUGUUCACUGUUUCGUUAAUAUUCGCUGGCGCGAUGUUACUCCAACUACCAAAAUUUAAUAUCUCAUCGAAUGUAAAAACGUUGGUUUUUAUUUUAUGGGCUUUAUACGGGGUGAUUCCAACGAUUCAUUGGACCAUAAGAUCGGGGGGAUUAGCAAGUCCUGUUGUAAGACUUUUACUUCCUCGCGUAAUGGGAAUGUAUGGGAUAAGUGGUUUAGCAUUUUUGGUUUACAUCACAAAAAUUCCUGAAAGAUUUUUUGCCGGAAAAUUCGAUUAUUUCGGGCAUUCUCAUCAAUGGUGGCACAUAAUCAUCGUUAUGGCGCUUUAUUAUUGGCAUAGCAGUGGUAUUUUGUAUCUCGAAUACAGAAUGAACCAUGCUUGUCCAGGAAUGGAAAGUUCAUCGUCAUAAAAAUAAAUCAUUUUAUUCAAAACUAAA